GGCUCAGCCUCCCGCUCGGGCCUUGCGUGCUGGGGCCUGGCCGCGCCGGGAGAGGCGGCGAUGGAGGCGGCGGGCGGCGGCGGAGCGGCGGGCGGCAUCGCCCUGCACGAYUUCAGCGGGCAGCUGGGCGAGCAGCGGGUGCACUUCCACGCCAUGCGGCUGCGGGACUCGCUGUUCCUCUGGGUGGGCGCCGCGCCCGCCCUCGCCAGCCUGGCCGUCGCCAUGUGCAGCCCCCGCGACAGCAUCCCGGUGGCCGCCUCGCUCCUGGGGGACCCCUCGGACACCGCCUCCUCCUGCCUGGCGCAGCGCUUGGCCAGCAAGACGAAAAAGCAGAUAUUUGUCAGCUACAAUCUUCAAAACACAGACAGCAGUUUCACCUUACUCAUAGAAAACAGGAUCAARGAAGAAAUGACAGCUUUUCCAGAGAAGUUCUGACUGUGCAUCACUGUAAAAGAAGAUGGCUUGUUUYAGAAAAACUGAUUGCAAUUUCCACACUGACAUUAAGUUAGUAUAUUUCUUUUGUAUUAUUUUGAUUGAAUUUGUGGUUGUUAUUGAWUAUAGAUACAUUUGACUUGGAUUUUUUUUUUGUCAAAUAAAAUUUGAAUUUUCAAUUUCAAAGCAAAAUAUUUUUUUUGCUACCCUGCUAAGUAGGGUAACAGAUGGAUGCUGCAAUGGAUGAACAGCAUUGUAAAAGUGCAUGCAGUAUCUGGCCACUACGCAGUACUGGGAUCUGAUGGGAAAUCAGUUCCAAAUGCUCUCUGUACAAUUAAUCUACUGUGUACUAGCACUGAACGUAGUACAGCAACUUUUAGUGUUCAAAUAAAGAAACSCCACAUUUUUGUAUGG